AUGCUUGCCAGUCAAACACGUGCUCGAAGGCUUCAGCUCAAGGGUCAAUUUUCCACUAUUCAAAAAGAAAAUCUUUCCAUUUCUGAAUAUGUCGACAAGGUUCAGUCCAUUUUUGAUGCCCUAUCCAUUGCUCGCUCCCCUGUCAAUGAUCAAGAUCUUGUUCUACAACUUCUCAAUGGACUUGGCCUGGAAUUCGACUCGCUUGUAUCUGGUAUUACCUCAAGAAGUAAUGCAUUAACGAUUGAAGAAGUUCAUGCCCUUCUUCUGGCUCAUGAAAGCAGAUUGGAGCAUCACCAAAAUAUGACUGACAUUGCGGUGAAAAUACAAGCCAAUCUUGCAUUUGGAAAUGGAAGAUCUGGUGGUGUUCGACCUUUUGCCACAUCCAAGAAUGCUUCAACUGAUCCUCCUCAUGCUUCCUCUGGCCAUGGCAGGGGUUGUCCAAGGUACAACCAACAACGUGUUACAUGCCUAGUUUGUCUUCGAUCUAGUCACACAACCCCAACCUACAAUGGCACUGUAACAUUGGCUGUUGGUGAUGGUAAGAAACUCCUUAUUUCUCAUAUAGGCACCUCUGUUCUUCCAUCUUCUGACAAGAAAAUAGGUGCUCUUCUCCUCAAAGGAAAGCGUAGAGAUGGGCUAUACAUGCUAAGUGAAGGAUUUGCCAAGUCCAAUGGUUCCUUGCAAUGCCUUUUAACCAAUGAAUCUCAAUUUGUUCAUUGUUCUUGUUGUAGUUUGAAAUUCAAUCACUGUAGUAUAAAUAAUGAUGUUUCCUCUUGUACUCAAUCAUCUACCAAUAAAGAACAUUGUUCCAAUUUGUCUUUGCCUACUGUCUGUUAUGCUUUCGCUUUUACUGAUAUAAACACAUGGCAUUGCAAACUUGGCCAAGGAUCCUUGGCCACAUUAACCAAAUUACUACCAAAGUUACCCCAUACAGGCUCCCUUAAAACCCUACACCCUGCACCAGUAAUUCGAGAGCAAACCGGCAACCUUGACAAAGCUGCUUCUCAGCCUGCUACUGUGCAAAACCCCACACCAGUUACUAUCCCAUCUAAUCCUCAAACUAGCAUUGGCCCUAUAAUGUCUGUUGUUGAUCCUAUGCCAAUUACUCAGCCACACAUUCCCACUGCAAGCCAAUUACCCACUAUUACACCCAUUGUUCCUCUAGUUGCUUCACCUAACCCAACUCAAGUUCAGUUACCACCCAAUACUGAUCAACCAGCCAUAACUCACACUAUGAGAACUAGAUCACAAAAUGGGAUAGUCAAACCAAAAGCUUACAUGGCCAUAAAACAUCCUUUAGCUCAGUCUCUCCUCCCAACUGAACCAAGGAAUGUUAAAGAAGCUUUACAAAAUCAUAAAUGGCUUGCAUCUAUGAAUGAGGAAUUCACUGCUCUCAAAAAUGUUGGUACCUGGAUACUUGUUCCAUAUCAACCUGGGAUGCAUCUCAUAUACAAUAAGUGGGUACAUAGGGUCAAACUUAAUGUUGAUGGUUCUCUCAAUAUGUUCAAAUCAAGACUGGUGGCUAAGGGGUACUUGCAAACACCAGGAAUUGAUUAUGAAGAAACAUUUUCCCCUAUUGUGAAACUAGUUACAAUCAGGACAAUUCUAUCAUUAGCAGUGUCAUACAAUUGGUCUAUUAAGCAACUCGAUGUUGUUAAUGCUUUUCUUAGUGGUGCCUUAUAA